AUGCCCUCCGAGAAGUUUGAAGGAAGAAAUAAUAAUUUAUGGCUUUCACCUUUGAAAGAUUUUGCAUUUGGAUUCCAGCAGCUUGAUAAUGAUGCCUUCAUACUUGCUAUUUGGUAUUACAAACUAUCCGGUCAACUCACCACAGUUUGGUAUGCAAUUGAAGGUAAACCAGCUCGAAGGAAUUCCAAACUGGAGCUAACUUCUGACAGUGCUCUCGUGCUAAAAAACGAUGCUCAAACAUUACGGAACUCUGGAAAAACAGGUUCUACUGAAGUAGCCUAUGAUGUGAUGAAUGAUACAGGCAACUUUAUACUCCUACAUACUAGUUCUAAACCCAUAUGGGAGAGCUUCAAUCAUCCCACUGACACGCUGAUGCCUUCUCAGAUCAUGAAGUUAGGAGGUUUUCUUUAUGCCAGAACAAGUAACAACGACUUCACAUCGAGAAGAUUCCUGUUUCGUUUGGAUAUUGAUGGAAGCAAUAAUAAUUUAUGGCUUUCACCUUCUAAAGAUUUUGCAUUUGGAUUCCACCAGCUUGACGAUGAUGCCUUCAUACUUGCCAUUUGGUAUUACAAACUAUCCCGCCAAUUCACCCCAGUUUGGUAUCCAAAUGCAAAUAAAGGUAAACCAGUUCCAAGGAAUUCCAAACUGGAGCUAACUCCUGACAGUGCUCUAGUGCUCAAAAACGGUGCUGAAACAAUAUGGAACUCUGGAAAAACGAGUUCUGCUGACGUAAACUAUGCUGUGAUGAAUGAUACAGGCAACUUUAUGCUGUUGGAUGGUAGUUCUAAACCCCUAUGGGAGAGCUUCAACCAUCCCACUGAUACGCUACUGCCUUCUCAGAUCAUGAAGUUUGGUGGUUUUCUUUCUGCAAGAACAAGUAACAACAACUUCACACCGAGAAGAUUCCAGUUUUGUUUGGAUAUUGAUGGUAUUGCUAAGCUUAUCACCAUAAAUUUGCCUGGUAACUUUUCUUAUUAUAAUUACUUUUCCACUGGCGAUACAUCGGAUCCUGGUGACGAAGUAGUGUUUGAUUCGUCAGGCUUGUAUGUAUUGACAAAAAAUGAAAGCAAAAUCUUUAUUAUGAAACCGGAAGUUCCGGUCUCAAAUCCUUUGGACUACUAUAUGAGAGUGAGUCUUAAUUUUGAUGGGGCUUUUACCCUAAACGCUCACUCCAAAGAUCCGUCUGCUGCAAAUGAAACAUGCACAACCAUAACAUCAAUACCGGAGGACGUAUGCUGGUCGAUAAAAGGAGAAAUGGGAAGUGGAGUAUGUGGGUUUAACAGUAUCUGCUCAAUCCAAUCUGAUGGAAGGACAAAUUGCAUAUGCCCAGAUGGUUAUUGUUUGUUCAAUCCAGCUGAUGCAUAUGGUGGCCGUAGACCAAAUUUCUUACUGGGUUGCGAUAAUAGUUCGGGGCAAAUCCACCCAGAGAACCACUUCAUGCAGGAGAAAUUAAAUGUUAAUUUUGGAUUUUCGGAUUACGAAGUGCUUAGCUCUAUUAAUAGGGAGAGCUGCAAAACCGCUUGUUUACAUGAUUGUUUAUGUGCAGCAGUCGUUUUUAAACCCUUUAAAUUUCGCUGUUGGAAGAAGAGGUCUCCACUUUCCAAUGGGAGAGUUGAAUUAUAUACCACAGCUCAUAUCAAAACAGCUUAUAAUUCGUCUCCUGAUAUCCCACUUCUUCCUCCAAAAGUCCCAGCUAAGGACCAGAACAUAUUGAUGAUUGUGGUGUUGUCUGUUCUCUUAGGCAGUUCUGUGAUGGUCAAUUUUGUAUUUGUGGGUGCAACAUGUAUGGGUUUCUUGAUGUUCUUGAAGAGAAAUCUCCUUGGACCUGAAAUUUCUCCAAAUGAAAGUUCUAUCGAAAACAGAUUGCAGCAAUUUACCUACAAGGAGCUGAUAGAGGCCACAAAUGGAUUCAAGGAAGAGCUAGGAAGAGGAUCUUGUGGGAUAGUUUACAAAGGUGAAACGAGAUCAACUGGUCUUAUUGCCAUCAAGAUGUUAGACAGAGUGUUUGAAGACAUUGACAGAGAAUUCAAAGCAGAAGUUAACAUUAUAGGCCAAACACAUCACAAGAAUCUUGUCCGGCUAGUUGGUUAUUGUGAUGAGAAACAGCACAGACUGCUAGUUUAUGAGUUCCUGAGAAAUGGAACUUUAGCAAAGUUUCUAUAUGUAGAUCCCAAACCCAGUUGGAAACAGAGGACUGAAAUAGCAUUUGGGAUAGCGAGAGGACUUGCUUACUUGCACGAUGAAUGCACCAAACAGAUCAUACACUGCGACAUAAAGCCUCAAAACAUACUUCUGGAUGAGUAUUACAAUGCCCGCAUCUCUGACUUUGGGUUGGCAAAGCUUUUGCUCAUCAACCAAAGUCAUACGAAAACAAACAUCAGAGGAACAAAAGGGUACGUUGCUCCUGAUUGGUUCAGGUCUGCACCGGUGUCUGUGAAGGUUGAUGUGUACAGUUUUGGAGUGGUGCUGCUAGAAAUCAUUUGCUGUAGAAGAAAUGUCUUAGAUACGCAGGCUGAUGAGGAACAUAAAAUAAUUUUAACUGAUUAUGCUUUCGACUGCUACUUGGAAGGGAAGCUGGAUGCUCUAAUUGAAAAUGACAUGGAGGCCAUGGAUGAUAUGAAGAUGGUUGAGAGGUUUGUGAUGGUUGCCAUUUGGUGCCUCCAAGAAGACCCUAACAUAAGACCCACCAUGAAGAAGGUAUCGCUUAUGCUUGAAGGAGUACUUCAGGUUUCAACUCCGCCUGCUCCGUUUUCGUUUACUUCCGUAAAAAUUGAGCAUUAAAUAUGCACCUUAGUAAUAGUAUAUAAUAGAAUGCAUAUUUUCGUUUACCUUAUUAAUAGUAUAUGAUAGAAUCCAUAUUUUCGUUUACUUUAUACAAGCUGGUCUUAAAUAAAAUAAAAAUACAUGUACUGCACUGCUUGCCAGGGUAACUAUAGUU